ACGACCCCUGUGUGUCUCGCGCAGGGAGCAGUAGUGAACGCACGCGAGGGGACGUACAAAGUUGGAAGUGCGCGAGGAAAACUUUUUGUUUAGUUGUUUGUUUUUCACUUUCUUUGCUCGUUUUACUCGUAUUGUCUCGCCGGUUUGGUUUAAGGAGCGCGCGGAGUGAAGACAGAAAUAUCUGAUACUAUUGGAGUUUUUUGGAAGCCGCGAGGACAGAGAGAGUGUGUGAGACAGUUGGAGUGUGUGUGUGCGUGAGUGUGUGUUCGCGUGCAGAGGGGUAUCUGGUAUCGAUCUGACUCACCGGAGCAGCGCGAGGACACGCAGAAAACUCAAACAAACCUAAACAACAACUACAAACAAACAAAUAAACAAACACAGCAGCAGCAGCGGACGCGCGGAGUUUACGGUUUCCUGUGCAUGGAGCGCGAGACUGAUCGAUGAGGACGGAGGGGCGCGCGGAGCUCCGGCCCAGCUGACAGCGCGCGGACCGUACUGGGACCCUCUAAACAAACAAAAAACAAAUAACUGAAUAACUAAAGUCGUGAUCAGAGGAGGAGAUGGAGCGAUGGAGUGUGUUCAGCGUGUUUACCGUGUUCUGCUGCUUCACCCUCACCACACUGACCACUGCAGAGGAGGAGGUGGUGAUGAAUACGAAGCUGGAGACGUCUGACCUCAGAUGGACGACCUAUCCCAACACUGACCCUGAGUGGGAGGAGAUGAGUGGUCUGGAUGAAGAGGGGAACAGUGUGAGGACGUUUCAGAUCUGUCCGUCAGACGGCAGUGCGAGUCACUGGCUGAGGACUCGUCUGAUCCCGCGGCGCUCGGCGUCAGUUCUGUACGUGGAGAUCCGCUUUACUGUAAUGGAGUGCAGCUCCCUCCCCUCCAGCUCCCGCACCUGCAAAGAGACUUUUAACCUGUACUACUACCAGAGCGACGAGGACACAGCCACACCAACACACCCGGCCUGGAUGGAGAACCCUUACACUAAGGUGGACACAGUAGCGGCUGAUUACCUGCUGCGGCGGGGUGGGGAGAGGAAGUCUAACGUGAAGACCGUGCGUCUGGGUCCUCUCACUAAGAAGGGCUUCUACCUGGCAUUCCAGGCUCAGGGCGUGUGCAUGGCGCUGCUAUCCGUCAGGGUGUACUUCAAGAAGUGCCCCGCCCUCACGCACACCUUCUCCAGCUUCCCCGAGACGGUGCCUCACUCACUAGUGCAGCAGGCAGAAGGAAAGUGUGUGCCUUACUCCGCCCCCUCUGGCCUGAUGCCCCGCCCACCCACCAUGCUGUGUGGAGAGGACGGGCAGUGGGUGGGGCCACCGUCCACUUCCUGCGUGUGCAAGGCUGGGUACGAACCUGUGGAUACGGACCGCUGCAGAGCGUGUGCGGUGGGGCAGUAUAAGGCCUCUAUGGGGGCGAGUGUGUGUCGUGGGUGUCCUAUGUACAGUAACACAUACACUCUCGGCGCUGUGGCCUGUUCCUGCCGCACCGGCUACUACAGAGCACCCACUGACCCUCCGGAUACAGCCUGCAGCAAACCUCCGUCCGCCCCGCGUAACAUCGUGCCCCAGGUGAACGAUACCGUGGUGACUCUGGAGUGGAGCGAGCCGCUGGACCGCGGCGGCCGUUUGGACCUGUCGUACUCGGUGGAAUGUGCUCAGUGUGCGCCGGGCCGAGGGUGCGUGCCGUGUGCGGAGAGCGUGAGCUACCGGCCAGCACAGACGGGGCUGAUGCACCGCAGAGUGGUGAUCCACGGCCUGCUGCCACACACACACUACACCUUCACCAUCAUCACCAUCAACGGGGUCACGUCCACCAGCGGCACACAACCCGCCACCGCCACAAUCAACAUCACCACCAGCACUGACGUCCCUGUUCCAGUAUCAGGUAUCAGGAGAACGAAAGCUUCUGAGACGAGUAUGACACUGAGCUGGGAUGUUCCUGCCCAACCACACUACACCAUCCUGGACUACGAGCUCAGAUUCUGCUCACAGGGGGAGGACGACAUGUGGCAGUACAUCACGAGUAAGGGGAAUUCUCUUGCUCUGACUGAUCUUUCUCGGGCCUCUCAGUACCGGGUUCAGGUCAGAGCCAGAACCAAAGCGGGAUACGGACACUUCAGCAACACGGCUACGUUUAGCACGCUGCCUGAUGGAACGGAACCUAACGCUCGGCUUAUAGUCACAGGUGUGCUAGUGGCUACAGGGCUGCUCAUCCUUAUCAUUGUGGUGACGCUUGCUGUGUUCUGCUUCCGGAGGCACAGUCGGCUGCAGGACUCUGAGCUGGAUAAGAGUGGACAGUAUCUCAUGAGCCAAGGUGUUAAGGUGUACAUCGAUCCAUUUACGUACGAAGACCCAAAUGAAGCGGUGCGAGAGUUCGCUAAAGAAAUCGACGUCUCCUUCGUCAAGAUAGAGGAGGUCAUCGGAGCGGGUGAGUUUGGUGAAGUGUGUCGAGGCCGAUUGCGGGUCCCCGGUAAGAAGGAGAACUACGUAGCUAUAAAGACCCUGAAAGGCGGGUACACAGACAAGCAGAGGCGGGACUUCCUGUCUGAGGCGUCAAUCAUGGGUCAGUUCCAGCACCCCAACAUCAUUCACCUGGAGGGAGUGAUUACUGCUUCCUGUCCAGCCAUGAUCCUUACCGAGUACAUGGAGAACGGAGCGCUGGACUCCUUUUUACGGCUGAACGACGGACAGUUCACUCCGAUCCAGCUGGUGGGAAUGCUGAGGGGAAUAGCGAGUGGAAUGAAGUAUCUAGCGGAAAUGAGCUACGUCCACAGAGACCUUGCAGCACGCAACAUUCUGGUCAACAGUAACUUGGUGUGCAAAGUGUCUGACUUUGGACUGUCCAGAUUCCUCACCGAGAAUUCAUCUGACCCCACAUAUACCAGCUCACUGGGUGGUAAGAUUCCGAUCCGCUGGACGGCUCCGGAAGCAAUUGCGUUCCGCAAGUUUACCUCCGCCUCUGAUGUAUGGAGCUACGGAAUAGUCAUGUGGGAGGUGAUGUCAUUCGGAGAGCGGCCAUAUUGGGACAUGAGCAACCAGGAUGUGAUUAACGCUAUUGAGCAGGACUACCGCCUGCCCCCGCCCCCAGAAUGUCCUGCCCCCCUCCACCAGCUAAUGCUAGACUGCUGGCAGCGGGACCGCGGCUCACGACCACGAUUUUCGCACAUCGUCUCCGCUCUCGACAAGCUGAUCCGAAAUCCCGCCUCCCUCAAACUCACCGGCCAAUCACACGACGGGCUGUCUCCUCCAUUGUUGGACCAGCGUCCCCCGCCUCCUCUCUCCCAGUGUAGUUCAGUGGCUGAGUGGCUGAGGCUCAUUAAGAUGGAGAGAUACGAGGAGAACUUCAUUCAGGCUGGAUUCACCAGCUUCGAGCUCAUUUCACAGAUCUCCACUGAGGAUUUAUUGCGUGUUGGUGUUACUCUGGCUGGUCAUCAGAAGAAGAUUCUGUCCAGCAUCCAAACAAUGAGAGUUCAAGGGAAGAACUCACUCAGAUACUGACCACACACCCACAGACACUACAGGGAAAAGCCUUCAGACAACAGAAAACCUUCCCUUGCACUUCCGAUUCCAGUUUUAACCCACGACAGCCAAUCAGAAUCCGCCCAAAAGGAAUGACAUUUUCAUCAGCAUCGCCAAUAUACUAUAUUAUACUUCCUCAACCAAUCACUGCCCAGCAGUGAGGGAUUUCUCAAGGAGACGAUGUCAUCAUUACAUCAUAGUGCCUUCUUGCUCCUACUGACCAACCAGUUCCGCACCACAGUGCCACUACCCGAUUGGCUCACACUCAGGGCAUUGGCCAAUCAAGACGUAGGAGAGUUGGAAGUGACAAAGGAUUGAAAAGGAAAACAGACUGAUUUCUGAUGAACUAAAGUUUUACUAAGCAUCUUUUAUUGUUUUCUCCUUUUUUAUAAUGGACAGAUUCAUCCCUCCAUCACAUGAGCACUUUCAGGCUGCACACACACACACCGUUGUACGAGUGUGUGGGUGUGUGUAAGUGUGUGUGUGCAAGAGAACGAGGGAUGAGAAGGUGAUCUGAUCUGGUUCAGUUUAAUACAGAUGGACUGAUCAUUGUUACUAUGGGAUUUACCUAUGAAAGUGGGCGUGGACUCCACACCCUAUGGACACAAAGGGGGUGUGGUCUAGGGACCCGGAUCCAGACGCCGUCCGCCCCAACAAAGCCUUUUUUUGCUGCCUUUUGCCUUGACGCCGAUUGGUUGCCUCUGCAACUGUUUGCGCCUCUGAAUUCUGGGAGUUUCAGCAGGAUCUUCAUAUUGAAGGUCUGUUUUAUAAUUAUUAUAACUAUUCUAAUAAACCAUGAGGAUAUUUUUUGUAAUUAUAGUUUUUUUCUCUUUUUUUGUAUGAAUAAAAAGGAAAACAGAAACCCGAGUACUGAAUUUAUAUUUGAGAAAUGAAAAAUGUUGGGAGAUUUUAUUGCAGCCUUAGUCAAUGUGAGUGUAAGCCUCUCUGACCAAUCACAAUAAAGAUCCUCAAUGAUGUCCCUCCCA